AUGAGCCGCGCAUCUGCUGCCACCGCCAAUGCGGUUCCUCAAGGUGUUCCUGGCGCAGUCGAUCAAGUCACCGCGCCGCCUGCUUCUUCACGGCUCCUGCCGCAGGACCAUCAUUAUUCCAAUCUGCAACCGCAUCUAGACUCAGGCGCCAAGGAUGUUCAGCACGCCAUCCUCAGCGACCCGCAGCCUGUUCAUGCCCUAGAUGAUGACGAUGACGAGGACGACCGAGACGAGGUUCAUGAUCACGACACACACGACUCUGCAGCAGCAGUACCAGCACACUCAUCAGUACCGCAGCAGUCGCCAUCCGACCACGUACAGAUCACCGUGAACCAAGCCAAGCGUCCCCCAACCUCAGCUGCUACCUCUGAUAAACACGACACUGGCAGCACUUCCUCCACCCAAUCCAGUGAACAAGGCAGAGAGAGCGAUGAAAAGACGGACGACUCCGCUGCCAAAACAAAACGCAGCAAGAAGAAGAAGUCCAAGAAGGUCGCGGACGAUGGAACUGUCGACCGGGUCGGUUUCAAGGACCUCUACCGCUACGCCACCAUCUGGGAUCACAUCUUCAACUUCAUCGGUCUCGUUGCCGCCGCUGCUGCCGGUGCCGUACAGCCACUCAUGACCAUCGUGUUCGGUAGUCUCACCACCGCCUUCCUCGAAUAUACCAACGCUCUUCUCUUUGAUGGCGACAUCCCUGCCGCACGCGAUCACCUGGACAGGGAGAUCGUCCAUGGCGUGCUCUUCCUCGUCUACAUCGGCGUGGCCAUGCUCGUCGCAACCUACAUCUACAUGGCUGCAUGGGUCUACACCGGCCAGGUCAUCACUCGUCGCAUUCGAGAGAAGUACCUUCAGGCCAUUCUGCGCCAGGACAUUGCCUACUUUGAUGUCGUCGGUGCUGGAGAGAUCACCACCCGCAUUCAAAGCGACAUUCAGCUCAUCCAAGAAGGCAUCAGCGACAAGAUCCCCAUGUCGGUCAUGUUCAUCAGUGCUUUCGUCACCGGUUUCAUCGUCGCUUACGUCAAGUCGUGGGAGCUCGCACUGGCCUUGAGCUCCAUGAUCCCAUGCAUCAUCAUCGCCGGUGCCCUCAUGAACGCCGUCACCGCUAAGCUGCAGCAGGCCGAACUUGACCGGGUCUCCAGGGCAGCUUCCAUCGCCGAGGAGUCGCUCGCCACCCUCCGCACCGCCAAGGCCUUCGGUAUCGAGGACAACCUCGUCGAGCUUUACGAUGAGAGCAACCGCGAAGCAACGCGCUUUGGCAUCAAGCGAUCGCUCUUCCAGGGCAUUGGCAUGGGUGUCUUCUUCUUUGUCAUCUACAGUGGAUACGCGCUGGCCUUCUACUUUGGCGCCAAGCUGCUGGCCAGUGGUCGUAUCGCCUCGGGCACCGUGAUGAACGUCAUUCUCUCCAUUCUUAUCGGCGCCUUCUCUAUGGCCAUGAUGGCACCUAACAUGCAGGCGCUUUCCUACGCCUUUGCUGCCGGUUCCAAGGUGUUCGAGACCAUCGAUCGCGUUCCACCCAUCGACAGCUCGGAUCCCAGCGGUCUGCGUCCCGACCACUGCGAGGGCAAGCUCGAGUUCAAGGACAUCGACUUCAGCUAUCCUGCUCGACCGGACGUGCCUGUGCUCGACGCCUUCUCGCUCGAAGUGCCCGCAGGCAAAGUCACAGCUCUGGUCGGUGCAUCAGGCUCUGGCAAGAGCACCAUUGUGUCACUGGUGGAGCGAUUCUACGACCCCGACGGAGGAGCAGCUUACCUCGACGGCGUCGAACUGCGCGAUCUCAACCUCAAAUGGCUCCGCACUCAGAUCGGCCUCGUCAGCCAAGAACCCACCCUGUUCUCCACCAGCAUCCGCGCCAACAUUGCUCACGGUCUCAUCAACACGCCCUACCAGCAGCUUUCGGACGAGGAGAAGGAGACGCUCAUCACCGAUGCGGCCAAGAUGGCGAAUGCACACGGCUUCAUCUCGCAGCUGCCCAACGGCUACGAUACGAUGGUCGGCGAGAGAGGUUUCUUGCUCUCGGGUGGUCAGAAGCAACGCAUUGCCAUCGCUCGAGCCAUUGUCAAGAACCCGAGGAUUCUGCUGUUGGACGAAGCUACCUCGGCGCUCGACACGCAGUCCGAAGCCGUGGUACAGGACGCACUGGAACAGGCGAGUCAGAAUCGAACCACCAUCACCAUCGCACAUCGUCUAUCGACCAUCAAGAACGCCGACAAGAUCGUCGUCAUGGGCAAGGGAGUCAUCAUCGAGUCUGGCAAGCAUGACGAGUUGCUCGAGCUCAACGGCGCCUAUGCUCAACUGGUCGAUGCGCAAAAGAUCCGUGCCAAGGUGUCCACCAAUCUCAACGAGGAGACCACCGAUGACGAGCCUCUCACCAGGUUCAUUCCUUCCAACGCCAAGGUGCCGCUUGCCACCAGCGACACCGAAAAGGCAGCCCUCCGCGAAGAGGCCAAAGCCGAGAUGCCUGCGGGCCUCGAAAAGUCGGCCACACGCGGCAGCGUCGCCUCUGCCAUCCUCGCCCAACGCCAACGCGAUCAAGACGCCAAGGACAAGGAGAACGAAAAGAUCCCCUCGAUCUUCUACCUCCUCUACCGUCUGGCCAAGAUCAACCGCGACCACGUCCUCUCGCUCUACCUUCCUGGAGUCAUCGCGUCCAUCUGCAGCGGUGCGGCCUACCCCUGUUUCUCGAUCCUAUUCGGUCAUGCGCUGCAGAAUUUCUCGCUGUGCAGUUCGAUCAACGGCGGACCAUGUCCCGAACCAGCCAGGAGCAUCAUGCUGCGCGAUGCGAACCACUGGGCGCUGUACUUUUUCGUCAUCGCCAUCCUCUGCACGCUCGCCAUCAGCAUCCAGACGUACACGCUGAUGAAGGCGUCGAGCGUGUUGAUGGAGCGCAUCCGGCGCAUGUCGCUCUUCGCCUAUCUGCGCGCCGAUGUGAGCUACCACGACGAAGACGCGCAUUCAUCAGGCUCGCUCAGCAACUCGCUCGCCGAUAAUUCGCAGAAGAUCAACGGCCUGGUGGGUGUCACGCUCGGAACCAUUAUUCAGAGCAUAUCGACCCUGGUGACGGGUGCGAUCAUCGCACUUGCCAACGGGUGGAAGCUCUCGCUGGUCGUAAUUGCGUGCAUCCCCCUGACGCUGAGUGCCGGAUUCGUACGGUUGCAGCUGGUCGUGUUGAAGGAUGCGAGGAUCAAGAAGGCCUACGAGGGAAGCGCCGCGAGGGCGUGCGAGGCCGCGGGCUCCAUGCGUGUCGUUGCGUCGCUCACUCGCGAGGAAGACUGUUUGGAGAUCUACAGGCGCGAGCUCGAUGCGCCCUCCCAGAUCUCCCGCAACACGGCGUUCUACGGCAACUUCCUGUAUGCGAUCAGCCAAGCGCUGCAGUUCUGGAUCAUCGGACUUGGGUUUUGGUACGGAUCGCAUCUGUUGAUCGCAGGCGAGUACACGUCGGGGCAGUACUUUACGAUUCUCACCGCCGUCGUGUUUGGUUCGAUCCAGGCGUCGAAUGCGUUCAGCUUCGUGCCCGAUAUCUCGAACGCUAAGACCGCCGCUUGGGACAGCAUCAAACUGCUCGAUAUGGUUCCGGAGAUCGAUGUGACGUCGGACGAGGGCACGGUGCUGGAGCACGUCGAGGGCCAUCUGCGGUUGGAAAAUGUGCAUUUCCGAUACCCCACCCGACCGACGGUCCGCGUGCUUCGCGGGCUGGAUGUCGAUGUCAAACCGGGUACGUACGUCGCGCUGGUAGGUGCGAGUGGAUGCGGAAAGAGCACCACGAUCCAGCUCAUCCAGCGGUUCUACGACACGCUCUCUGGUCGAGUCACCAUCGACGGCCACGACAUAUCCACGCUCAAUCUGCGCGAGGUGCGCAAACACAUGGCGCUGGUCAGCCAGGAACCGACGCUGUACGACGGGAGUAUCGAGUUCAACAUCCGUCUUGGGGCGUAUGAGGAUGCGGACAGUGUGAGCAUGGACGAUCUUCGCGCCGCCGCUGCGAGUGCUAACAUCUUGGCCUUCAUCGAGGGGCUUCCCGACAAGUGGGAUACCCAAGUGGGCGGCAAGGGAACGCAACUGAGUGGAGGGCAGAAGCAGAGGAUUGCCAUUGCGCGAGCGCUCAUUCGCAACCCGCGCAUCCUGCUGCUCGACGAGGCCACCAGCGCGCUGGAUAGUGAUAGCGAAAAGAUCGUCCAAGAGGCCCUCGACAAGGCCGCCGCGGGCAGAACGACCAUUGCCAUCGCACACCGACUCAGCACCAUCAGUCGCGCCGACAUGAUCUACUGCCUCAAAGACGGCAAGGUGGUGGAAAAGGGCGAGCACGCGGAAUUGCUCAGGCUCAACGGAAUCUAUGCCGACCUGGUACGCAUGCAGGAGCUGCAGAAGGACGAAUGA